GGCGGAUGGCGAAGCUCAUGUUUCAGCGCCCGUGGGGGUCUGGGGCGGCCCAGCUUUGUGGACUAUACUAAAGAUUCAUAAAUGCACACUGCAGACUUAAAACCGCGGAGCUCGGGCUGACGCGGUGGGCUACCGUCGGGAUCUCCCCAAGAAACUCCCCAUCAACACACACUACUAGCCUGCUCACCCACUCCUGAGCACUGACUGCAGCUUCGCCGAUCUCGGCGACUUUUCCACCCGGCGGACCUGCAUGUCUCAUUUUUAGACAUGUUCAGAUUUGUGGAUUCACGGACUGUCCUGCUACUGGCAGCAACGCAGUUUGUUUUACUAGCCGUUGUCAGAGGCCAACGGGAGAGUGACCAGGAUGAGUUAGGCGGCUGUAUCCAAGACGGCCUUCACUAUGAGGACCGUGCUGUGUGGAAGCCGGAGGCGUGUCGUGUCUGUGUAUGCGACUCAGGGGCGGUGCUGUGCGAUGAGGUCAUCUGCGAGGAGCUGAGGGAUUGCGCCAAUCCCAUCAUCCCACCUGGAGAGUGCUGCCCCAUCUGCCCUGCCGAUCACGACCAGCCCAUCGAGACUAUUGGUGCAAAGGGACAGAAAGGAGAACCCGGCGAGAUUGCAGAUGUUGUAGGACCAAGAGGACCCGCUGGCCCCAUGGGACCACCUGGAGAGCAGGGCCCACGCGGAGAGAGAGGUGCUAAGGGUGAGAAGGGAAGUCCAGGCCCCAGAGGAAGAGAUGGCGAGCCCGGCACUCCAGGCAACCCCGGACCCCCUGGACCUCCCGGCCCACCAGGCCCAAGCCCCCCUGGACUUGGAGGAAAUUUUGCAGCUCAGAUGGCUGGUGGUUUUGAUGAGAAAGCAGGAGGAGUUCAGAUGGGUGUAAUGCAAGGACCAAUGGGCCCCAUGGGUCCCCGUGGCCCCCCUGGCCCCUCUGGAGCUCCUGGCCCACAAGGUUUCCAAGGCAACCCCGGAGAGCCUGGUGAACCCGGAACUGCUGGACCCAUUGGACCCCGUGGCCCUCCUGGACCAUCUGGAAAACCUGGAAGUGAUGGUGAGGCUGGCAAAUCCGGAAAGCCUGGUGACCGUGGACCACCAGGGCCUCAGGGAGCUCGUGGAUUCCCUGGAACUCCUGGACUUCCUGGCAUCAAGGGACACAGAGGACACCCAGGUAUUGAUGGCACCAAAGGAGAGACUGGAGCUGCUGGAGCAAAGGGUGAGGCUGGUGCUCCUGGUGAGAAUGGCGCUCCUGGACCAAUGGGCCCUCGUGGUCUGCCUGGUGAGAGAGGACGUCCUGGACCCUCUGGAGCUGCUGGUGCCCGUGGUAAUGAUGGUCUUCCUGGCCCUGCUGGUCCUCCUGGUCCUGUUGGUCCUGCUGGUGCCCCAGGUUUCCCAGGAUCCCCUGGUUCCAAGGGAGAGGCCGGUCCCACUGGAGCUCGCGGACCUGAGGGAGCACAAGGACCCCGUGGAGAGGCUGGUACACCUGGAUCACCUGGACCUGCUGGUGCCGCUGGUAACCCUGGUACUGAUGGUAUUCCAGGAGCCAAAGGAUCUGCUGGUGCUCCUGGUAUUGCUGGUGCCCCAGGUUUCCCAGGACCCCGUGGCCCACCUGGACCUCAGGGAGCUACUGGACCUCUUGGGCCCAAGGGACAAAGUGGAGACCCUGGUAUCCCAGGAUUUAAGGGCGAAGCUGGACCCAAAGGAGAGCGUGGUGUAGCAGGACCCCAGGGAGCUCCAGGCCCAUCUGGAGAGGAGGGUAAGAGAGGACCAAGAGGAGAACCUGGUGCCGCUGGCCCUCUUGGACCUCCUGGAGAGAGAGGAGCUCCAGGUAACCGUGGAUUCCCUGGUCAGGAUGGUCUUGCUGGUGCUAAAGGUGCACCUGGUGAUCGUGGUGUUCCUGGGUUGACUGGACCUAAAGGUGGUACUGGAGAUCCUGGCCGUCCAGGCGAGCCUGGUCUUCCUGGAGCCAGAGGUCUUACUGGUCGUCCUGGAGAUGCUGGACCCCAAGGAAAAGUUGGCCCAUCUGGUGCCCCUGGUGAGGAUGGCCGUCCUGGUCCCCCUGGUCCUCAGGGAGCUCGUGGACAACCUGGUGUGAUGGGAUUCCCUGGUCCUAAGGGAGCCAAUGGUGAGCCUGGCAAACCAGGAGAGAAAGGACUUGUUGGCAGCCCUGGUCUUAGAGGUUUGUCUGGUAAAGAUGGUGAGACUGGACCUGCUGGUCCUCCUGGCCCUGCUGGACCUGCUGGAGAGAGAGGCGAACAGGGACAGCCUGGUCCUUCUGGCUUCCAGGGUCUGCCAGGACCUGCUGGACCACCAGGAGAAAGUGGCAAACCAGGUGACCAGGGUGUUCCCGGAGAGGGUGGUGCCCCUGGUGCUGUAGGACCAAGAGGUGAGCGUGGUUUCCCUGGUGAGAGAGGAAGUGCUGGACCUCAGGGUCUUCAGGGACCAAGAGGACUUCCAGGUACUCCAGGAACUGAUGGGCCCAAGGGUGCGAUAGGCCCAGCUGGUGCUUCCGGUGCCCAGGGUCCUCCUGGUCUGCAGGGUAUGCCUGGUGAGAGAGGAGUUUCUGGCAUCCCUGGACCUAAGGGUGACAGAGGUGACAGUGGAGAGAAAGGACCUGAGGGAGCUCCUGGAAAAGAUGGCUCAAGAGGUUUGACUGGUCCUAUUGGCCCACCUGGUCCUUCUGGCCCCAACGGAGCUAAGGGUGAAACUGGUGCUAUUGGACCAACUGGACCUGCUGGUGCCCGUGGUGCUCCUGGUGACCGUGGUGAGGUUGGACCUCCUGGCCCUGCUGGUUUUGCUGGACCCCCUGGUGCUGAUGGCCAGCCUGGAAUUAAGGGAGAGCAGGGAGAGUCAGGCCAGAAAGGAGAUGCUGGAGCCCCAGGACCUCAAGGACCAUCUGGAGCACCUGGCCCAGUUGGCCCAACUGGUGUCUCUGGUCCUAAAGGAGCUCGUGGAGCACAGGGAGCCCCAGGUGCUACUGGUUUCCCAGGUGCUGCUGGAAGAGUUGGACCACCUGGUCCCAAUGGUAACCCUGGCCCUGCUGGCCCAGCCGGUCCUGCUGGUAAAGAUGGUCCUAAGGGAGUUCGUGGUGAUGCUGGCCCAGCAGGAAGACCAGGAGAUGCUGGACUGCGUGGACCCCCUGGAGCCCCUGGAGAGAAAGGAGAGCCUGGAGAGGAUGGUCCCCCUGGUGCUGAUGGUCCUGCUGGUCCUGCAGGUCUUGCUGGUCAGCGUGGUAUUGUUGGUCUGCCUGGACAGCGUGGUGAGAGAGGUUUCCCUGGUCUUCCUGGACCUUCUGGUGAGCCUGGCAAACAGGGAGCCCCUGGAGGUGCUGGUGACCGUGGCCCACCUGGCCCUGUUGGACCCCCUGGACUGACUGGACCUGCCGGAGAAACUGGACGAGAGGGAACUCCUGGAGCUGAUGGUCCUCCUGGCAGAGAUGGUGCUCCUGGCGUUAAGGGUGAACGUGGUAACACUGGUCCCAUUGGUGCUCCUGGUGCUCCCGGUGCCCCUGGUUCUCCUGGUCCUGUUGGUCCUGUAGGCAAACAGGGAGACAGAGGAGAGAAUGGACCACAAGGACCUGCUGGACCUCCUGGACCUGCUGGAGCUAGAGGCAUGGCUGGCCCUCAAGGACCACGUGGAGACAAGGGAGAGACUGGUGAGGCUGGAGAGAGAGGACAGAAGGGACAUAGAGGAUUCACCGGUCUUCAGGGUCUUCCUGGACCUCCUGGUUCUCCUGGUGACCAGGGUACUGCUGGACCUGCUGGACCUAGCGGAGCUAAGGGACCCCCUGGACCAGUUGGUCCUGCUGGAAAGGAUGGAGCAAAUGGUCAGCCUGGACCUAUUGGACCCCCUGGACCUCGUGGACGUUCUGGAGAGUCUGGCCCAGCUGGUCCUCCUGGUAACCCCGGACCCCCUGGUCCUCCUGGUCCUCCAGGCCCUGGCAUUGACAUGUCUGCCUUCGCCGGACUGUCUCAGACUGAGAAGGCUCCUGAUCCCCUGCGUUACAUGCGUGCCGACGAGGCCUCUGCUUCUCUGAGACAGCACGAUGUGGAGGUGGAUGCCACGCUCAAGUCCAUCAACAGCCAGAUCGAGGACAUCCGCAGCCCUGAUGGCUCUCGCAAGAACCCUGCCCGCACCUGCCGCGAUCUCAAACUCUGCCAUCCUGAGUGGAAGAGCGGUGAGUACUGGGUGGAUCCUAACCUUGGCAGCACUGCUGAUGCCAUCAAGGUGUUCUGCAACAUGGAGACAGGAGAGACCUGCGUCCGCCCCAGCAACCCCACUAUCCCACGCAAGAACUGGUGGAGCAGCAAGAGCAAGACAUCCAAGCAUGUGUGGUUCGGAGAGAGCAUGGGCGGUGGCUUCCACUUCAGCUAUGCUGAGAAUGGCCAGAUGCCAAGCACAGCCAACAUUCAGCUGAACUUCCUCAGACUGCUGUCCAGUGAAGCUUCUCAGAGCAUCACCUACCACUGCAAGAACAGCGUGGCCUACAUGGACCAGGCAACCGGCAACCUGAAGAAGGCUCUCCUGCUGCAGGGUUCCAACGAUGUGGAAAUCAGAGCGGAGGGCAACAGCCGAUUCACAUACGCCGUGCUGGAGGAUGGCUGCACGAAGCACACAGGUCAGUGGGGUAAGACUGUGAUUGAAUACAAAACUCAGAAGACAUCUAGACUGCCCAUCGUGGACAUUGCUCCCAUGGACAUCGGUGGAGCUAACCAGGAGUUUGGAGCGGACAUUGGACCAGUCUGCUUCUUGUAAAAAAAACAAAACAAAAGUGGAACACGAUAUAAGACAUGGAAAGAUAUAAAAUGAUAAGCAAUAGCUCCAUGAAGAAGCAAUACACUCUCCAAAUAAAGAAAUAUGGAAGGAAAAGGAAAGGAAAUUGAAAAAUUGAAAAAUUGGUGAAUGCUUUUUUUUCUCUAAAACACAAAAGUUGUGUUGUCCACGUUUAGUGCCCUGGAGACCAGCACUAAGCAGCACUGGCCCAUGAGUCUCUCCCUCUGAAAUCCAGCCAUGUUUCCCCCUCAAAGCCUCAGUGAAGUCCUUCCUCCUGACGGGAGCCGAGGAGGAAGAAAACAAGCAGAGACUAAACGAGUAAGAGAUGGAAAGCACAGAAACAUGGCUAGAUGUCAUCACAUAUGGCAAGGGUGGGUGGUGCUUUAGAGCUGGGUGCAAUUUUGGUUGAAUACCACAAAAGCCCCUCCCACUAAGAUCAUCUCGAACCACACCCAGUCCCACUCUGCCCCUCCCUCUGCUUCCUGACUGUGACUCAGUAAAAGAAACAUCACAUUCUGCUAGGUAUUGUGAAAUGUUAAAACUGGGGAGGGCGGGAGUUAACAUUUACUGUGUAUAAUAAAGAAAAAUCUUGGUUCAGUUGUUGUAAAAGUCUGUUCUGAAACAGCCAGAUCUAUAUAUUUUCACAAUUAUGUGUUUGUGUGUGAGCGAGUGCGUGUCUAUGCACACCAACACUUUUUUUGGGAAGUGCAGUUUUCAAUUUUUUUUUGUUUUG